AUGACACGAGAAAUAGCAAGGAAAAGCUCUAGAGAAUUAUGGACCACAGACGGUCAUGAGGAACCGCGAGAAGCAUGGUCACCGGCACAGCGAAGCAGCUUGAAUUCAGGACAUACGAGCAGCCCAACAUCCAGAAAUACAUCCGCACGAUCACGAGCCAGUAUGUCCUCUAUUCAAAGUCCAAUCAGUUUCAUGCCAACGAGGGAGGCAUCACCAAGAUCGAUGCCCAGUCCAUCAAGAUUGCCCAGUCGUGGUGGAACGUCCAGUUCAUCUGAAAAUCCAAGCAGCCACAGUCCAUUCAGUCAUACCGGCUCAACGCCCGAGCCCGUGUCGAUCACAGUUCGACCGGCUCCACUUACUGUGAAAGUUCCGACACCAAAACGUCGAAGCCUUCCAGCCAGAUGGAUAAAGGAAUCAGAUAUUGACGACCCGUCGACUCUGUAUUUGAGCCCAAUCGAUUCGCCAAUAGAGGAAGCCAUGCCUCUGAAGUCACGAUAUAGUAUCGGCAGUUGUCGAAAGGUAUUGGCUGGUGUGGAUGUGAAUGCCUCUUCGGGAAUGUUCAUGAGACGUAGUCGUUCAAAAGACGAGCGAGCUUCGAUUGGCAUCUCAAUGUCACCAUGGAUAAAUUCAGAUUUUUCAGCAUCACGCUCCACCCUACAUUCUGUGCCAAUCUUUUUGUCCAAUGAAAGUGUUGGUAGUGGUAAUCGCGGCUCGCAGACUGAAGGAUCCCUCGGCAAAAGAUCGUUGGAUAGCCCUGAGGAUCAGAACAAGAUGUACCUACAGGUAGCAACUUCAGGAUACUUCAGAUGGGAGAUGCACUUUCAGAUGGCAUUGUCUCAUGUGCAGACCCUUUCGAUGGUAGCUGAUCGUCUUGCCAACGAUAUGAGGCGUGGUGAAGAGCCGGUCUCGCGUAAUCAGUUGGGUCAACUUGAGUUUUCGCACUUCAUCAUUCAAUCUCAACAUCCGAUUCUCACUAAGGGCAAGAGCCUCUUCUACAAUGCCAUAUUACCACGCCCAGGCGAAUCGGAUUAUCCAGUAACUCUUAUGAUUGCGCCAUGCUCCCAAUACGCUCCACUUAUGCGAAAAAGCGGUUCACAGUUGUUUACGCUGCCUGGGUUCUUGGAGCUGGAAGAUCAGGAUGGCAGCAUCAGCAAAUUCCUUCAUGAUACAGGAACACCGAAUCUCGACGGCCGACAUACUAAGGUGGUGGCUUUACCUCGUAUCAAUCUGUGCUCAUUUCAUUCUCUAGCCGCCCAUCAUUUGAAUCAGAGAAUGGACGCAAAUGCCCAUGAACAACUAGUCUCGUUCAUAGUUCUACAGCUGCUCGCUGCUCUGAAAAUGCUUCAAAGUGACGGCGUUGAAGCGCUCAGCACUAAUUUCAAGGAGUUCCUUCUUUCGUACCAAUUUUCGCCGGAUUCCCAAGCUGAACUGUGGGAGUUCCCGCGAUUGAUUUUCUUGCCGGAAACUCUUGGAGCGGAAAUUGAAAGCGGUGGAGAUGAGCUGGUUGGAUUGUGCCGAUAUGCGAUUAGAGCUCUUUGUACACUGUUGCAUCACAGAAUGGAUGGAAAACCUCCGCCUAUUAAGCUACGGUCACGCUAUUCUCGUGCUCUUCUGGCCUGUGCCACCAUUUUGCAGGAGGACAAGUCAUCAAGUUUGACGAAGGCGAAAAACGUCCUCGAGACAGCUCUCUGGGCUGGUGAGCACUGUCGCGGAGACGUUGAGGCUCGAAUAUGGCUUGACAUGGCCAGAGCUGAAUGUGUAGACGCGCUGCUACGUCAAUUAGUUUGUGAACCGGGAUGCCGUCUGGGCGCCCGAGAGCGCUAUCGGGUGGAAUUUCUUUUGAGCGCUACACCACGUUCAUUAAUCGAAAGCCAAAUGGCUAUACGCGCUGCCAAUAUCUGA